AUGUAGAAAAUUCCAACAACCACAAAUAUUGAGCUUAAUUCAUAUAUUUUCACAAAUUUUUAAGGCGUUGAAUUCCCUGCAAAAAAAACCACCCUCAAUGAGCACUAAAGAAAAAUUAAUUAAUAUUUUCUCAGGUGGUUGACAAAAAUAUAUCCUCGACAUCAAUAGUGGUUUUAUUAAAUGGCUGUGUGGCUAUAUAUAACAAUGUCACCUGCCUUGCUAGCUUCCUCAAAUCAAUUCAUAGAUUCAACAAAUAUCCUUCAAAUAUGUUUAUCCUCUCUUCAACAUAGAAAUUUAAUUCCUCUUAUUUUGCUUCCGAUCAUCAUGAGCAACACAACACAGCCAAGAAAUAGAUCCAUGUUUAAUUUGGCUUAUGACAGAGGCUAAUUAAAUUCCCAUAUCAAUAUAUAGUUAAUUUGUGCGUGUGUGUGCGUGUGUGCGUGUGAGAGAGAGAGAGAGGAGAGAGAGAGGCAUGGAAGGCGAAGGCGAGAAGAAGAAGGCAAGCUCCAUACUGAAGAAGCUGGAGCGGUGCGUGCGGAUGAAUCCGCGGAAGAUGGAGAAGAGCAAGUCGUGGAGCGGCGGCGGGGAGCGGCGGAGGGCGGCGGCGGCGGGGUGCUUCUCGGUGUACGUUGGACCGGAGAGGCAGCGGUUCGUGAUCAAAACCGGGUUCGUGAACCACCCGCUGUUCAAGAUGCUGCUGGAGGAUGCUGAGCUGGAAUACGGCUUCAGCAGCGACGGACCUUUGCUCCUGCCCUGCCACGUGGACCUCUUCUGCGAGCUCCUCGCCGAGAUGGAGUGCGCCGCCCACGACCUCGACGGCUGCCUCAGCCCCGCGCGACGUCGUUUCGGGAGGCGCGAGAUGCAAAGAGACAGCCUCCUCACCCCGCUGCGAUCCUUCAAUAUUUAAUCACUUAUAUAUAUAUAUAUAUAGAAAACUGCUUUUUUUUUUUUUUUUGAUCUUCAGCAAUAAUUAAUCUGCCAUGUAAUUAAAUCUGGUUAUGAGUUAUGCUUUAAAUCUGAUGCAUGAAUACUUAGUCUCUCUGUACAAAA